AUGGAGGAAGAGCUCAAGUGCCCCGUGUGCGGAUCCCUGUUUCGGGAGCCCAUCAUCCUGCCCUGUUCCCACAACGUCUGCCUGCCUUGCGCCCGCACCAUCGCGGUGCAGACCCCGGACGGCGAGCAGCACCUGCCCCAGCCGCUGCUGCUUUCCCGGGGCUCGGGGCUGCCCGCAGGCGCCGCCGCCGCUGCCCCGCUGGACCACGACGCGGCGGCCGGCGCGGCCAGCAGCGGUGCAGGCGGGAGCGCGGCUGGCGGCCUGGGCGGCGGCGCGGCAGGUGGCGGAGACCACGCGGACAAGCUGAGCUUGUACAGCGAGACAGACAGCGGCUAUGGGUCCUACACCCCGAGCCUCAAGUCCCCCAACGGGGUUCGCGUGCUGCCCAUGGUGCCCGCGCCACCCGGCUCCUCGGCCGCCGCGGCCCGGGGCGCCGCCUGCUCCACGCUGUCCUCGUCCUCAAGCUCCAUCACAUGCCCGCAGUGCCACCGCAGCGCCUCCCUGGACCACCGCGGCCUGCGCGGCUUCCAGCGCAAUCGGCUGCUCGAAGCCAUCGUGCAGCGGUACCAGCAGGGCCGCGGGGCCGCGGCGGGGGCGUCCGCUGCCGCGGCCGUGGCCAUCUGCCAGUUGUGCGACCGCACCCCUCCAGAGCCGGCCGCCACGCUGUGCGAGCAGUGCGACGUGCUCUACUGCGCUGCCUGCCAGCUCAAGUGCCAUCCCUCCCGGGGACCUUUCGCUAAGCAUCGCCUGGUGCCGCCGCCGCCGCCGCCCGCGCCCGCGCCCGCAGAGGCGGCCCCCGCGCCCUCCAGCGCAGUCCAGGGCGCCCCCGGCGGAGGCAGCGGCUGCAAGAGCCCUGGAGGCGCCGGGGCCGCUGGGGGCAGCGCGGCCCGCAAGUUCCCCACGUGCCCCGAACAUGAAAUGGAAAACUACAGCAUGUACUGCGUGAGCUGCCGCACGCCGGUGUGCUACCUGUGCCUGGAAGAGGGCAGGCACGGCAAGCACGAGGUGAAGCCGCUGGGGGCCAUGUGGAAACAGCACAAGGCACAACUAUCUCAGGCCUUAAACGGAGUUUCGGACAAGGCAAAGGAAGCGAAGGAGUUUCUGGUUCAGCUCAAGAACAUUCUGCAGCAGAUCCAGGAAAACGGACUGGACUACGAAGCCUGCCUGGUUGCUCAGUGCGACGCCCUGGUGGAUGCUCUGACUCGGCAGAAAGCCAAGCUGCUCACCAAGGUGACCAAAGAGAGGGAGCACAAGUUGAAGAUGGUUUGGGACCAGAUCAAUCACUGCACGUUGAAGCUGCGCCAGUCCACCGGGCUGAUGGAGUACUGCCUGGAGGUGAUCAAGGAGAAUGACCCCUCUGGGUUCCUACAGAUCUCAGACGCUCUGAUCAAGCGUGUCCAGGUGUCUCAGGAGCAGUGGGUCAAAGGCGCCCUGGAGCCAAAAGUGUCUGCAGAGUUCGACCUGACCCUGGACAGCGAGCCACUGCUGCAGGCCAUCCACCAGCUGGACUUCAUUCAGAUGAAAUGUAGGGUGCCGCCUGUCCCCUUGCUGCAGCUGGAGAAGUGCUGCACCCGCAACAACAGCGUCACGCUGGCCUGGAGGAUGCCGCCCUUCACCCACAGCCCCGUGGACGGCUACAUCCUGGAGCUGGACGACGGUGCCGGGGGGCAGUUCCGGGAGGUGUACGUGGGCAAGGAGACCCUGUGCACCAUCGACGGGCUCCACUUCAACAGCACCUACAACGCCAGGGUCAAAGCUUUCAACGCCUCCGGCGUCGGGCCAUACAGCAAGACCGUCGUCCUGCAGACGUCGGACGUGGCCUGGUUCACGUUUGACCCCAACUCUGGGCACCGGGACAUCAUAUUAUCCAACGACAACCAGACGGCCACCUGCAGCAGCUACGACGACCGGGUGGUGCUGGGCACGGCUGCGUUCUCCAAGGGCGUGCACUACUGGGAGCUGCACGUGGACCGGUACGACAACCACCCAGACCCGGCCUUCGGGGUGGCCAGGGCCAGCGUGGUCAAGGACAUGAUGCUGGGCAAGGACGACAAGGCCUGGGCCAUGUACGUGGACAACAACCGCAGCUGGUUCAUGCACUGCAACUCCCACACCAACAGGACGGAAGGCGGUGUGAGCAAGGGGGCCACGGUCGGCGUGCUGCUGGACCUGAACAAGCACACCCUGACCUUCUUCAUCAAUGGGCAGCAGCAGGGCCCCACGGCCUUCAGCCACGUGGACGGGGUCUUCAUGCCAGCCCUCAGCCUCAACCGCAACGUGCAGGUCACCCUGCACACAGGAUUGGAAGUGCCGACAAACCUGGGGCGGCCAAAGCUCUCAGGCAACUAACUAGCUCCCAGCUCCAGCAGUCC